AUGGAAGGAAAUCACUUUGCCUUCACAUGGAAAAUAAGUUGCUUUAACGAGCUAGUGGCUAGACACCCAAAUGGUAGUUUUUUCUAUAGUGAAAGGUUUUGGUCACCAAGGGGUCAAAGUGUAAAGUCAAGUGACAUCAGUGUCAUUAAUGAACAAAAUAACUCUUACAAUAAUACGGGAUAUUUAUGGAGGCUAAAACUGUUUCCUAAUGGUGUAGAUAAGAUAUCAAAUGAUUUCAUUUCUCUUUAUCUUGAAUCAAUUCAGACACAUUAUGAGAAACAAAAUAAUAUAACGGGAAGGCACACGAAAUUUCAAUUAUCACUUUAUCGAGAUUUAAAUAUUCCAACCACAAAGCAAUCACCUAUACUUGUAAUAGACCGUCAUACCUUGGAGACGAAAUUUGAAUUCAACGGAGUAAAGGCGGAUUAUGGAUUUGCGAGGAUAGUUCCUCUUAGAGAAAUAUUCCCAAAUGAUGCUGAAGUAGAUUUAAUAGUUCGAGCUCAAAUCUUUGAAGAUGCCAUCACUUCUGGAGAAGGUUCGAGUUCAAUGGACAUAAAUAAUGUUUCACUUAUGUCCUUUGAGAGGUAUUUUGGAGUGGAUAGAUUUUGUGAUGUGGAAUUCGUAUUUGAUUGUGGUUCAAGCAUGAAAGCUCAUAGAGUUAUCCUUACAGCUCGAUCAACAUACUUUGAAAAAAUGUUGGAAGGAGAAUGGUUGGAAGGUCAUAUGAAAACCAUCUCCAUUAAAGAUAUGCCAUUUGACGCGUUUCGAUGUAUUGUCCAUCAUCUUUACACCGGAAAACUGGAAGAGGGAUUAACAUUUGAGCUUUUAAGGGAGAUUUAUUCUAAGGCUGAUAUGCUUAGCUUAGAACAACUUGGUCGAAUGGCUGCCAAAAGGAUCAUUAAACUGAUGAAUCAUGAAAAUUGGGAUCAAAUCUUAAUGUUGGGUUGGAAAUAUUAUGAUGACCGAUUAAAAGAUGCUGGUCAAGAUUUCGCCGUAAAACAUUGGAACGAUAUAAAGGAUACUGACAACAUGAAACAAGUGUUUGCAAGUGGUCACGUUGAUCGUAUUGUUGAAUUGGUCUUACAAAGUUUUUUUACACCGAAUAAUAGGAUAGAGUCUUCAGAUUUGGAUUAUAUACACAUGCGGGAUCAACAACUAGAGAAGCAUGUUAAGAUUAUCCGAGAAAAUAGAUACGAAGCUCAAUUUAGUGAGCAAACCCAAAGUCAGCUUUUUGAGCCAAUCCUUAGCGAGAAAUCUAUACAAUAUUUGGCCAAACAUAUUUCGGUAAACGUUAACAAUCAAUGUGUAAUAAUGAAAGCUGAUCAGGUUGAUGCAAUCCCAGACGUUAUUCGUGAUUUGCUUGUAAAUAUACUAUCGUCAGAAAAAGAUGUAUUCAAGAGUGUUAUGAUGACUCCAUUGAGCCCUGAUCAUCAAUUUCGAAAGUUUCUCUAUGACCAGCGAAAACACAUUAGACCGCAAUAUUGGGGAAAGGAAAUACAUCGUAGAUAG